GACGUUUCUCUUUGUGGAACAUUGUGCCUUUUAAAUAGAAACUAGCCUAUUCCGCACAGGCCAAACUUUUCCUAGCCCAAACCAAAUGUGCUAUAGUUGUUGGGAGGAGUUUAUUAUGGUCUAGUGAGCUGUUGAUAAUCGAUACAGCAGUGAAAUUACACAACAUAGAAUAACAGGUAGAGAUAAUUUCUGCACACUUAGAGAACUCGAAUUAGUAUUAUCUUCGAUUCUGGCACUAUUAAAGUAAAUUGGCGAUAUCUAAGUAUCUUUGGUGUAAAAAUUAAAUUGUUUCUUGAAAACAAACAAAAGUAUAAAAACUUAAAAUUUUUCCCUAACCCUGAGAUGUUUGUGGCAAACCCUGACCCCGAAAUUCGAUCGGAAGGCGCAAAAUCUCAGGGUGAAAAAUCCAAUCAGACAACUCUCAAAAUUCGAAAUUGGUUCUUUCGAGUUUCAGAUUAUAAACGGUUUCGGGUUGAGUACAUUCUCUUUAUCGCCGUGGAAAUAAAUUGAAGAAUAAAUAUUUCUAUUAUGCACACAUUCUUGGGCAUGUAUGUAUUUACAUACAUACGUGCAUGAACAAAUUUGAUAAGGAUAAUUUAAAACUAAUUAAAUGACUGCAGUGAUAGGGCUGCCAUCAAAUGUGUUUCGCUAAUAAGAAGAUUUUACAGUGCAUGUAUAGAAGCCGUCGUUAAACCGCGAAAUGAUUUAACAAAAAACAUGCAACUUUUCUUCAAACUGUGAAAAGAACUAUAGCUGAAAAAGCUCUGUAACAACGCCGCCCAAAACUUCUAAUUACCAAUCAAAAAAUAAUUCCACACAAUUCCAUACCGUUUUUCAAUCAACACAUCCGCCAUCAGCCUCUUCGAGAGAAUGAGCGGUCUCGGACCCGCCGCCUGCUGGCUUGCUCACAAACGUAUCGAAUCGUGGUCGCGUAUGGCCAAGGAGCGUGUCGGCGCCGUGCGUCGCGUAACUCUCGAUCGCAAUUCGGAAGAUAAUAAUGGUGCGACGACAUCUGCGUCAUCCACACCGCCGCCACCGCCUAUGACGCCACCACCAUCCGCUUCGUCGGUAACAUCGACCACCAGUGGGAUUGGCAGUGGGGCGGGAAGCGUCAGCGAUAGCUAUGAUUUACCAACGGACUCUGAGGAGGUGAAUGUCGUGAAAGAGACACAGCCCAUACAACCACCAUCCACUUUGGGCGGUUCAGCUCACAUUAUAAAUGCAGACGUGCUGCGGGGUCCGACAGAGGCUCUUCAUAGCCCAUUACACUUACAUCACCAGAGUCGUUCUUUUCCUCCGCGCCUGCAGCGCACGCCAUCUAUAUCUAGUCAAUCGAGCGUGGAUAGCGCACCAUCAAGACAUUCGGCACAUCGUGGCUCAUCACCUCAGAUUCGUACAUUCGGGCCCGAUGGACGAAGCUCACAUCCGGCCGACCCCGGCUUUCCUCAUCACUUAGCUCGUUCACCAAGUCCAAUGCGUACAAUUUCACUUGAUGCCCGUUGCGGUAGUCCCGCUUCGACUGAUGUGAGUGACUUGCGUACGCCCAGCCCCUCUCAAAGUAGCCUCGCCUCGAUAGCCGGAGGAUCGGCUGCUUCCAAUAUAAGCAUGACCACGGCAAAGGUCGGUCGGUGUCUGUCGCCUCUCUUAAUUCCGCCACGCACGACAGCGGGUGUGGACCCUGCCAUUGGACCAGCCUCGCCAUUAGGUGCUUUGCAGCCCGACCUGUAUCGUGUUCCAGACGGCCCGAUGUAUUUGACAGCACCUGAGUCCAGUCCAGCUCUUGGACGCUUGCAUUUGCGUGUGAAAUACGACUAUCAUCUUUUCGAUUUGACUGUACACCUGAUCGAAGCUCACAACCUUUGCCCGAUUGAGGAGGGAGGUUUUCGCGAUCCAUAUGUGCGCGUUCUGCUUGAGCCUGAAGUAGACAACCGAAAACGACAGACACAUAUACAUCGGGGUGAAUCAAAUCCAUACUUUGAUCAGCAUUUCAAGUUCCCCGUUUCACGCGACCAGCUCCAAGGCAAAGAACUCAAAUUGCAAGUUUUAGAUUAUGAUCGUUACUCUCACAAUGACAUAAUCGGAGAGAUACGCAUCUCUGUAGAUGAAUUGGAUCUGUCUAAAUCGGUGGAGAUCUGGGGGGACUUGUUGCGUGUCAAGAAGCCACAAGAAAAUCGACCUGAACUCUUAUGUUCGCUUAACUAUUUACCGCAAGCCGAACGUCUAACAAUUGUAAUUAUGAAGGCAAAGAACUUAGAUACACUACAAGAACCCUAUGUUAAGAUUUACCUCAUUCAAAAUGGGAAAAGAGUUAAGAAGAAGAAGACAAGCAUUAGCAAAUCUGACGAUCCUGUUAAUCCCAUAUGGAAUGAAGCGUUCACAUUUAACUUACAAUCUGCAUACUUGCACAAUGCGGCGAUAGAGAUUUACGUUGUUGGCUCAGGUGGAGAAGCAACAGAAAUUGGCAGCUGUGGCCUUGGUCCACAAGAAAUCGGUACUGGCUGCCAGCAUUGGCAUGACAUGAUCAAUAAUGCGCGUAAGCCGACAGCAAUGUGGCACUUCAUACGUUAAAAACAAUUUAUAUUAUGUAUAAAUAUACACAUAUAUAUAUUUAGCUAAACACAUACAUAAAUACAUACAUACAUAUGUAAGUAUUUACAUUUCUAAAUAAAUGUAUAGCGACGUGGCGUGCAUACGUACUUAUAUAUGUAUAUAUGUACAUAUGUGCAAAUAUCUGUGGGAUUCACAACGGUGUCUUAAGUGUCGCAUUGUUGUAUGGACCUUAAAAGCUUAAAAAAAGGCUUUAGAGAACUUAAAACCACAGCCAACUAUUUUUUGACACUGCGAAAAUUCAUAAUAUGACUUUGAUGGUCCUUUCUGAACCCUCUUAAUAAUUUUUUUUUUGGCGUUUAAAGUUUACGAUAUACAACAAUACGACACUUACGACACCGCUGUGAAUACCCCAACCGUCUAUAUGCAAAUACACUUUUUAAGCUUUCUCCGAAAAUAUUUUAUUUGAUUAAAAUCUAGAAAGCUUGUUUCUGAAAAGGUUUAUAAAGAAUGAAUAUAUUCAUACAUAUUUAUGUACAUGCAUUAACAAACAAAUAUCAACUUAAGCAACAUAUAUAGAUAUACAUACAUACAUACAUACAUACAUACAUACAUACAUACAUACAUACAUAUUGUACAUACAAUCAAUUGUACACUCAUAAUAUGAAUUAUUCCUAUACAUAUGUAUAUAUGUACUUAAACAAACUUACUUUAAACUUGCAAAUAUGCAGUGUAUACAAGACCGUCUGAAGGACUAGCGGACAAAAAAUUAUGUUUUAACAAUCGUUAUUGUAAAUCACAUGAUAUGCUUUGAUAAGAGCUUUGCUAGAAUCGUUUAAGAAAUUUAUUAUCUAAUGCGUGUCUAUAAGCCAGCAAGCUAAGUAUGAAAUUGUGUUCGUAUGUGUGUUCCAGAAAAAUCAGAAAUAAAACUGGAUAUGUGGAAAUUAUGUAAGUGUAUUUGAAAAAAUAACAAGAAAAUGUAUGUAUUCUAUGCUGAAAAGGAAUAACAUCUAAAGUGGAUUUAAGACUAAACCUUUUUAUAAUCAAAAAUUGUUAAUUUGGCCGCUUUAAUAUUUAUUAAAAAAA